CAAUUCCUUGAAAUACCCUUAUCAAAUAUAUAAACAGAGAAGACCCUCGAAAUACUUACGAUUUCUCAAAUUAGAAACAGUCGUUUACUUCCUCUAGCUUUCUAGGUCAAUCUCAGGUUCUAGGAUUUUGAUUCGCAUAAUAAAGUCAAUCCAAAUACCUCAUUUUGUAAUGGUGGAUUGAUUGGCGCUUCAAAUCGAUCUCAAUCUGAAGGUGCUGCUGGACUUCUUCCAUUUAAGUUUAGCAGUUUUGAUUUUUAACAUGGGACUUUGCUUCGGUAAGUCUCAAACUGAUGAAGAUGAUUCUGUGAGGAGUGUCGAGUUUGCUGGUGGGAAUGUGCACCUCAUCACCACCACAGAAUCUUGGGAUCAAAAGUUGGCAGAAGCAAGUAGGGACGGAAAGAUUGUAGUUGCGAACUUCAGUGCAACAUGGUGUGGUCCUUGUAAGAUGGUUGCGCCAUUUUACCGUGAAUUAUCUGAGAAAUACCCAUCCAUCAUGUUCUUGUUGAUCGAUGUGGAAGAACUAACGGAAUUUAGUGCUUCGUGGGAUAUCAAAGCCACUCCAACAUUCUUCUUUCUCAGAGAUGGUCAGCAAGUUGACAAGCUUGUAGGAGCCAACAAGCCAGAACUACAGAAGAGGAUAACUGCAAUUGUAGAUUCAACUCCCCAACGUCAGAAUUGAGUGCUUUGCUUGUUUCUUUCUAGUGAGGGACUACUUACCUGUUAUUCUAUACACUUUUGUUGCCAGCAUGGAUGCUUGUCUCUGGUUUUUUUUUUUUUUUUUUUAUUAUUAUUUUUUAUUUACUUUUUCCCGUCUACUUGGCUGCGUGUAAAUAGGACUGGUAGCUUAUGAGCAUCGUUAAUUUUGUAAAUUGGUUCCUUUGGGCUGAAAUUCUUGGGUUCUUUGAAUCAGAUGGACUCUGUUUUCCCAAAAGAAUCUGAUGUAGAAGAGCA